ACGAUGACGAAAUUAAAUGGAAUGCCCCGGGAGUCUACGAUAUAUCGGGGUGAUCGGCGUGAGAUUUCCCAACGCACAACGCCGAUCGCCAUGAAGUUUAUCAUGUUUCGUGUGUUUCUGGACUCCCUGCGCAGCCCAUUGCGUUAUCCUACUUGGGUCUCCUUAUGGUGAGGACCGAGGCCAGUCCAAUGCGUCUGGAGUGGAUAUAGGAAACAUGCAUGCAGGCCAGACUAACGAAUCGCAUGGAAAAACCUAGAUAUCAAAACAACACGCCCACAGAGUUAUACUUCCAAGGCGCGACAACAUGGAACUGUGACCGUCGCGGUCAUAGGCUGCUGCACAUGAAUGCUAACUGUUGCAUUCCUUACAUAUUUUUCUUCAAGGCCUGGCUGUGUCGUCUGCUCCUCUUCCACCUACCAUGGGAUGGAAUCCGGUAAUAAUGAUGGCCAAUAAUGAUACAUAGUUGGUCAAACUCAGUCAUGAACUAAAUAAAGCAAUCUAGCUACAAUGCCCGAAGUUAUCGGGGAAGGAUUCAUGCUGAGCUGAUUUAUAUCUGGAGAACUGGUUCAGCAAUAGAAUUUAUGCACCUACCAUGCAUUCUAACUGCUGAGAGGCGAUACCUACCUACAAGAUGAGGGAAUUAGCGUUAUUACGGCACUGGCUAAAACUGACCAGAGUUUCUUUCCUAACCCCCUGCGGAGAUAUAUAGAGGAGUGGGGGUUUAGCAGUUGCAGUAGGCCUAAUAACAUUGUUUGCACGAGAAUUCCUGAACUGUUUCUUUGUUUGUUCAGUCUUUGCUUUCUGGACUUCUUGCAGAAAGGGACCGGAAAAGAUGUAUGGAUGGAUAUGUCCGAAAUGUACACAGUCUCUUGGUUCGUUUACUUUACCCUUGCUGCUUCCUGCAUCCACUGCCUGGUGACGUCACCAAUGCCAACGGAUGACGUCAUCGUGAAAACACCCCUUGGCAAAAUAAGGGGGAGAAGAAGAACAGAUAAAAUUGAUAGUAUUGAUUUAGGGGCCACUAAGGUGGAGAUUGGUAUAGGCAUUGAUACGGUUGAUAUAUUUCUUGGCAUUCCCUUCGCAGAACCUCCGCUUGGAGACCGACGCUUCAGUCCUCCAAAGUCAAAGACAGCUUGGGGUGGUACCCGCAAUGCGACCGUCCUACCACCAGUUUGUCCUCAGACAGUUAAUACCACCGCUUCUGGCGAUGAGGAUUGCCUCUACCUCAACGUAUACUCUCCAUUCCAAGCAAAUGAUUCCUCAGCCUCCUACCCUGUCAUGGUUUACAUCCACGGUGGCUCCUACAUCGCAGGGACGGCUAAUGAUUACACGGGUCACAUCUUGGCACGACACGGGGUAGUCGUCGUCAUCAUUAACUACCGUCUGGGAGUGUUCGGUUUUCUGACCACUGGUGACGAUGAUCUCCCGGGUAAUUACGGGAUCCAAGACCAGACAAUGGCUCUAAAGUGGACUGCUGACAACAUCCGGGCAUUUAGAGGCAACCCACAACAGGUUACCAUAUUUGGUAACAGUGCCGGUGGCUCCAGUGUUGGGAUCCAUCUUCUCUCUCCUCCAUCAGCUGGGUUAUUCCAUCGUGCCAUCAUUCAGAGUGGACCAAUCACGAACUCUUUAUGGGCGCAUCACCGUACUACGCCCGCAGUUCUCCGAAACCACGCCAUGACGAUUGCACGGCGAAGUAACUGCACGCAGAAGUCAUUUGGUGAUGUCAUUCAAUGCAUGAGGAAGAUCACGUGGAAGGAACUACUUGCAGUUGAGGUACCAAGACUGUACGGCACGCCAGAGAGACUGAUCCCAGUGGUAGAUGGUAAUGUCCUACCUGGUCUAGUUGACGACCUUUUAAAGGAUGCAAACAAGGUCCAUAACGUCCCGGUACUUAUAGGGAUGACCAAGGACGAAUGUGCACCACUGCUUGGAUAUAUCGUGGCGCCAAAGCUCAGGAAGGAUGUGGACCUGAAUACAGGUUUCAAUGAUACUCAGUUCAAGCAGUCGGUCAACUAUCUUCUCUCGGAAAGAUACAGCCUGUCGAACAAUACAUAUGUCCUGGACGACGCGCGAUUUGAGUACACGGACCAUGAAAGAAGCUCUACCGUGGAUAUACGGUUAUCUAACCGAUAUCAACUUGUGCAAUUGUGUACGGAUGUCCAAAUCACCGCACCCACCAUCUAUUUGGCCCAAGCACUCAGAAACCUCAAUCUGCCAGUCUACAUGUAUGUAUUCGAUCACGCAGCCAACGCAACUGAUAUCCCUCCAUACAUAGCCAGCAGGAGCUACCACCAGUCAGAACUCCCCUUUGUCUUUGGAGGGCCUUACUUCAGACCGACCGAUCCUCAUUUUCCCGCGAAGAUAACCUACAAAAAGCAUGAUAUUACGUUCAGUGUGGUGAUGAUGCAAUGGUGGACCAACUUCGCCAAGUCAGGGAAUCCAACUCCCAAUGGGAGGGAAAAAGAUUGGAUCAAUUGGUCGAGAUAUCUAGGCAAUGGGUCAGAAUAUCUCUUCAUCGGACCUGACGGCUGGACCAUCUACAAAUAUUACAAAGCGCAUAGAGUGGCUUUUUGGAAUGACUUCGUCCCUACCUUAAAAGUAAAAGUGGGGGAAUCAAUUUCGAUGAAUUUUGAAAAUGAACGGAAGGAGUUACAGAUAAAACUGAUAGCAGUAGCUGUCAAUUGCGGUCUAUUGGGUAGUGUCGUUGUGGUUCUUUCAAUAGUGGUGUUUACAAAUAGGCGAAGAACCAAGUGGAAACUUAAACAGAUGAACAAUGAGAGCACGGUGAAUCUGUCGGUUAGAAUGCCAGAGGAAACGAACAGCGGGUAUAGUCGUUAUUGAUACUCUAAAGUAGGUGAGGAGUCGUCCUGAUGGACUCGCAAUUGUCGUGCUGUCAUCUAUAAAGUCACGACUGAUCGGUUUUGCCAUCUCUUCUUACCCAAUUCGACCACUCUGAACUAUCAGUAGGCUACUCCGUCCGUAGUCUCCCUUCAUACGAAGUGUAACAAAGGUGCCGGCGGGUCGCGUAUAUAUAAUGGAGUCAAAAACAUUAGGGUCAGGAUGAAUUCGAGUUGGAAGUUCCAUCACUCCGAAAUCUUCCACAUAUCUUGCAGUUAGCUUUAGGGGUAGCAAAUAAUACUAUGGUGUACCACACUUAUCAAUUAAGUAGUUGCCGGAGGCCUACAUCGUGUAGGAAAGGCGGUGGGGUCUGUUCGAUUUGCCCGACAGUAAUGUUGCGAUGAGUAUAAUAAAACUGAGUUCAAAUUUGGGCAUCUGCGCUUCACUGACAGCAAAGGCUAUCCAACCACGACUGCCCUCGUCCACCGACUGGCGAAUCCAAAACGAAUCUGGCUUUGCCAGGUUAACGAAUUUGUUUAUAUAAAUACAGCAUGUAGCUAUAUUGAUGCGGGUUCGACAUGGUGACUGUGAUCUUCCCAAGAAAUGUAAUGUUCCGUCCUUAAUUUGAGCACUGACGCUAGAAUACACUGACAAUAGAAUAGUAGAAUGUAUUCUUGUGUCCGUGUUUUGUGCUACUCUAAAGUCACCAAUAUAAAGUGUUCUCACAGCCUGCCAAAAGUACCUAUGUAUAUGUAUGAUAAAUGUUUAUGGACCAAAAUACGAUCCCAUCAUUGACAGUUCCUUAUAAUUCUGUUGAUAUGGGUUUCAUAUAAAGAAUUUGCCCCCCCCCCACAUGUAUUGAUCCCAUAGAAAAAAAUCUAUACGACAGAAUUUUUUAUCUUAUAUUCAUGACUUUGGAGUAGAGCCAUUGUACUCAAAUUUUUAUCUGACAUAUUUAAUAAAAUGUUUUGUAAAUA